GCGCCUAAGCAUUCAGUUUUCAGUUCCCAGUCAACUUCUGAAGCGUACGGAAGAAGAACGGAAACGUGCGAAACCCGUCCCACGUAACAACCAAAACAUAUCGAACGCGCGCGAAAGAGCCUUAUUUCCUGGAUCCCGCUGUCCAUCCUGAAACCGAAACCAUCACGUUGAAAGACGAUCAACGUACCGCGUUGGACUCCUUCGUAGACAGUCUGAAACCGGUAGUGAACGAGAUGCAUAUCCAUCCGAGUUCGCCCAAUUCCUCCCAAUCGGAGGACGAUGCCGCCACCAAGAUCCAGGCCGGAUUCCGUGGCUAUCGGGUACGAAAGCAGAUGCGCCAGGGCCGCAGUGGUGGCUCAGCAGGGAGCAGCAGUGCCUCUGGAGCUGGUUCAUCAACAGGUCAGCAACGGUCACCUAGGGUGGCCAAGAAGCCGACUUUGGAGGAAAAUUCGGCAACCAAGAUCCAGGCAGGUGUACGCGGAUUCCUGGUACGUAAGCGACAGAAGACGGCAACCGAUGCAGCUACCAAGAUCCAGGCCAGCUUCCGCGGCUUCAAAACCAGAAAGGAUCUGAAAUGCACCGUCAAGAAGGACAAGUGAAAUACUGAAGUGGAGAUCUUUGAUUCGAUCUAGAAGCAAGUUCAACGCGUGUGGGAAAAAGCCUGUGUAAAUUUUAGACAAUAACAUCACGAGUUGUAGUUGUGUAGAUUUUUUGUAGGCUUAGCGAGUAUAUGUAUGAAUAGUGAGGUAAAUAGUGGCGUAGCUGGAUGCGAUUCAAGGGAAACUGGAACUUGGUAAACAACACCAUUUUAGGUUGAACCAGUUUCACCGAAAUAAAAAAAAAUAUCCAGUGCCUACUGAGAAGCGGUGCUUUGGUCGCCUGCUAUGAUGAUGAUGAAAAGAAAUGGAAAAAAAAGACGAUCUAAGUGAAAGUAACUCGAUCGCUGGACGACGGAGAUCGAAUGCGUGCAUAUCACGGGCCGCUUUUCAUGAAAUGCCAGAAGAAGAUAUAUAUUAAGCGAAUGGAGAAAACAAAAUCGAGUGCUUCCAGUUGGGAUUUUUGUGAUCUGUUUCUGUUUUCGAACUGAACCACCUCCGCGCCGAUAUUCUACACCGAGCCACUCCUGCAGAGGAGAUGGAGGGCAGUGCCUUCUGCUCAAUGCUAAACCAUACAUACAGUGUAGUAGAUGUUACCGCUGCUAUUGCAAUUAUUCACAUUAAAGAAAUUAAUUUUAAAGGCCUUUUCACACAAGAAUUGAUUUUACGACCAGAAAAGCAUGGGUAAUAAUUUUUAACAUGCCUUCACUAACGAUUAUGGCCGUAACAACCUGAACCAAUCAGUACAUUAUCCUCCUAUUAGAAAUGUUUCUACCCCCAUAUUAGUAUACCUAGUUCAUUUUCCAUUAUGUCCGCUUUCGUGAAAGUAAAAUAAAAUAAAAACGCCAAUCUUCUAGUCUAUAAUUAGUAGCCUUAGAUAUCUCGACGGGAGGAAAGGUGUAUCACGGAAAACAUGUGCUACACUGUGUGCUCGAGUGGUUCUCAUUCGUUUAGAUUAUUAUGUUUUGUUCGUUCAUUGGCAGUAAGAAAUGCCUUCCCAGCUACGAAUAUUGUUUGUAUGACGCGCCCAUUUUUUUUGUGUUGUUAUUCAUUUAAUGGUAAAAGUCACAUUGCAGCGUGUAAUACAAAUUUCAUAAAUUUGAUUACUUUUCCCAUUCGGCUCAGCUUAAUUAGGUCUAUAGUAAAAUCUCGAGCAAAAUCUUCUAAAAUGGCAGGAUCGCUAACAGAUGGGGUUUAUUUUUUUAUGUGUAGUGAAACUAGCUGCUAGGCAGGAACAUAGAGUACUAUUUAGUCAAUUAUAACUGACGUAUUUUAAUGCCUAUUAGUAGUCGAGUAGGUAUACGAGCAGCUGUUGCUAAGGAGCAGACAAUAAGAUAAUACAUCAAACUGUGCUGUAUACAAGUAUUUAACUUUUAUAAGAAACUAUUUUUGAAAAACCGUCAAUAAAAGUAUAGCUUUUAGCCUACUGA